UUGUAAGAUGUAAAAAGAUAGAAUCUUGUUGGUAUAGUAUACUUGUCGUUUCCGAUAGGUAGCAGCAGGAUGAAUAUUGGAAUCCGCGCUCUCUCUCUCUCUCUUUCUUGGGCAAACGGUGCAAACUCCUGCUUUUUCGCUCUGACAAACCAUACGCGUCCUGUUGCCCACUCUUCUCUUCUUCCAAGCCCUGGAAAAUGACAGAGAUGCGUCAUCCCCAAUGCCCUCAUUGAGAUUCGAGAGUCAGUUUUCUCUAUCUCUUUCCCCAUCUUAACCUCUGGUUUGUUUUGUUUUUGUUAGCAUUUACAUUCUCAUGGCUUCUUUAACACCCGGAGUGCUUUCCAAGCUCCUGGAGAACACCGGCAACAACAACGUCAAAGUUAUCGGAGACCACCGUUCUCCCCUUCUUCAAGUCAUCGAGAUCAUUCCCUCACACGACGAUGACCCCUUUCGAAGCAGAGGCUUCUUCUUGAAGCUCUCUGACUCUCUCCAUUCUGCUUAUGUUUCCAUCUCUCCACAAGACGCUGACCUCAUUUUUAGUGACAAAAUACAGCUGGGACAGUUCGUAUACGUCUCGCGCUUUGAUUCGGGCUCCCCAGUGCCUGUGGUUCGUGGGUUAAAAGCCCUUCCUAAAAGAAGGCCUUGUGUGGGGAGUCCUAAAGAUUUAGUAUCAAGUGAUUUACUGCAGCUUCGACCUCCUGCGCAUUUCAAGAAGGAGAGUGUUAAGGGUUCCAAGACAAAGAGAUUGGCGUUUGAAGAUUCGAAGGGGAGAGCUCAGCCUGAAGGGUUGGAGUUGAGGAGAUUGAGUCUGGAUUUUUCCAGAAAAGGUUGGGGUAACAACAUUUCAUCCCCUUUUAAAUCAAAACAGAUUGCACCUUCUACAUUGCUGCAGGUUGCCGUUGAUAAGAAGGAUUCUUCCAAGAGUAUUUCUUCAAUGAAGAGUCCAAGUUUUAUUAUUUCCCCGUUGAGCAGCAAAAACAAUAAUGUUUCACCAAAUCCAAAGAGCAUUCCUUCUCGAAAAGAAUUCAGAUCUUCAACUGGUAGAACUGUUCCUUGCCAUCUUGUCAAAGUGCCUCUUGAUCCCAAAACUUGGUCCAAUAGGAUGAUUUUAUGGGAUGCGUUGCCACCUAUUGUUCAGGACCUUGGAAAGGAAGCUGUUUGUCAGAGGAAUGUUGCUUUUCUGUCUGCCGUACGAGCACUAGAAGAAGCAUCGGCUAUUGAGGCUGUUAUAAACUGUUUGCAAUUAUUUACCGAAUUGUGCAACUACUCUCAGAAAUUAUCUGCUGGAGCACUGGUGGAGCAAUUUCUGGAAGUCCAUCAGAGUAUGGACAGAGCAGCAGCAGUGAUUAAUUCUUUAAUUAGCAACAAUCUUCCUGAAGCAAAGUCAAGCACUUAUUCUAGCUUAGACAGUCUUUUUCCAGAUGAGUGGAAGACUUUAACCAAUAGAAACGCCAUGUUAUGGGUUCAGGCUGCUAUAGAGACCGAUUUCUCCAAAUUCAGUUUGUUCGGAAAGCCAGGAGGGAGUGAAAUUGUAAAUAGCGAUAAAUAUCAUUCUGUCAUCUUAGAAAAUACUCCUAACGUAUUAAAUUCUUAUAAUCAUUUGUCUGAAAGCAACCCAAAUCCUAGAAACCGUGGCAGCUUCAAAUCUGAUUCAAGUGUUAACAGGGUGCCAUCUCCUACAAAACAGCAACCUUCAAGACAAAAGAAAGUGAAUCCUGAAAGAAAGGAAUGCUGUAAAGGAAGUGGAUUGAAGAAGGCAGCAAGUUUAGCAGAUAAACUUCUCUUGGUUUCUCAUCAGUGGUUCUUGAAGUACUUGGAGGAUUCGUUAAAAAUGGGAUUUGGGUUGAGCAGAGGAGAAGGAAGUUCUGAAAUUGCAUGUCUUUUUAGGCAGCUUAAAAGAGUGAAUGAAUGGUUGGAUAGCUUGGUCAAGGGUGGACUGGAGGCCAAUGAUAGGAUAGAGAGCUUGAGGAAGAAGUUAUAUAGGUUCCUGCUUGAGCAUGUCGAAUCAAGUGUUGCAGGGAAGUAGAUGAAUGUAAGAGCUAACUAAAAUUACACUUGGAUAUAUUCAGUACCACUGACUAAUUUCAAAUUGCAGUGGCCAUUGCUAUAUGUUUAAAAUUCUUAUAGCUUAUGCGGGUCAGUAGUUUGUGUCACAUGAUCAAUUUUCAAGUUUUACCCACUUA